GGCCAAGGUCGUGCGAGGUUCGAGACAGAAGACAGUCGCAAGCUCUCACACCAUUCUUCUCAAAUUCUUUGCCUCUUUCUGCAGCUUGACCGAGUACCUAUCUGUCAGCAAUUCCUUAUUAUUGAAGAAAAGCAAAAGAAUCGCAAUCAUGACUGGAGCUCCUAUCGAUUAUUAUGCUGCCCUAGGAAUAGUUUCGACUGCCUCACAACAGCAGAUUCGAGAUGCUUACAAACGAGCAGCACUCAAAACCCACCCCGAUCGCGUCCCCUCCGACUCCCCAGAACGAGGCGAACGAACCCGCAAAUUCCAACUGAUAAACGACGCUUACUAUACUCUCUCGGACCCUACUCGCCGCAAAGACUACGACUCCGCACGCAUUUACCACGGUUUCGGCUCUGGUGCCUCCACCGCAUCAACAGCAUACGAUUCCGACACGGACGAUAUUCCAGACCCGGGACCAACACCAGGCGGGUUUCCGUGGUCUAGUUUCGGGUUCUCGUCGAAGGCGAAGAGUAAGGAGGAAGAGCAGAAGUUCGAGAGCGAGCAGUUUGGGGAUGUGUUUGAGGAGAUGUUGAGAGAGGAGGGGAUGGCGGAAGGGAAUGGGAGGCCGACGGGUAUGUUUUGGAGUGUGGUUGGCGGAUUGAGUGGUGGUGCUAUGGGGUUCAUUGUUGCGAAUUUCCCAGGCAUGAUUGCUGGAGCUGCGGCGGGGAAUAGGUUGGGCGCUAUUAGAGAUGCGAAGGGGAAGAGUGUUUAUGCUGUGUUCCAGGAGUUGGAUCAGAGUGAUAGAGCGAAGUUGUUAAGUCAGCUCGCUGCAAAAGUCUUUAGCCAUGCCGUCGGUAUUUAGGUGGAAUAUAGGGAGUAGAAUUUUGAAGGGGAAGUCUUGAGGACGAGGAAGGAGAGGUUGGGCUUUUGCGGCGAUGUCUCAUGCGAUGCUUUCAGAAUCAGCAACAAUUCGACUUUAUUGGGAAGAAAGGUUAGGCGUUGUGGGAAAUAAUGAAGACCAGAAGUUUUCCAACGGUUUAUGCAGGAAACGAGGAAUGAUGAAGGAGGACUGCGUGGCUUGAUACCACAUGAAGUGCAGAUAGAAACAAUAAUCAAAUAACCGUUGCGAAACAUGCAUGUUCUUCCAAGCAGCGCCUACAUCCAGG